CAGUAUCAGCUGGAAGUGUGACAGGAUAUGAGAAUGAUGCAGUGAUCCUGCCCUGUAUAUACACUGUGCAUAAAUACCUGCACCAUAUGUGCUGGGGACGCAGCUGUUCAUUAUCAGGCUGUGACAAUGAGAUAAUACGGACAGACGGCAGCAGUGUGACCUGGAGGAGAUCUGACAGAUACCAGUUACUGGGGAACAUAUCACAGGGGGACGUGUCCCUGACCAUCACUGAGGUGACCGAGGAUGAGGGAACUUACUGCUGCCGCGUGGAGAUCCCAGGAUGGUUCAAUGACCGGAAACAGGAGGUGACUCUGCAUAUACAAAAACGUCCGGCAGUGGCAGAAGUCCGAAAAUCCAUUUACAAUGUAGACAUUAAAACUCAACCCACUUCUACGAGGCUAGAAGUGUUUCAUACAAGUACCAAUAUUUCCAACAUUCUUACAACUGUUCCUCUGGAAAAAACUCCCUUCACCUUAAAGAAGACUAAAAACUCCCCGUUUACGGGUUACCAGAUUUACAGAGUGGCUGCUCUUGUCACUGUGAUCCUGUUCUUGUUGUUGGUCGUCAUUCUAUUCACACCUCUGUCAGUAUCAGCUGGAAGUGUGACAGGAUAUGAGAAUGAUGCAGUGAUCCUGCCCUGUAUAUACACUGUGCAUAAAUACCUGCACCAUAUGUGCUGGGGACGCAGCUGUUCAUUAUCAGGCUGUGACAAUGAGAUCAUACGGACAGACGGCGGCAGUGUGACCUGGAGGAGAUCUGACAGAUACCAGUUACUGGGGAACAUACCACAGGGGGACGUGUCCCUGACCAUCACUGAGGUGACCGAGGAAGAUGAGGGAACUUACUGCUGCCGCGUGGAGAUCCCAGGAUGGUUCAAUGACCGGAAACAGGAGGUGACUCUGCAGAUACAAAAACGAGAAGCCAACUGCACAAAACAAGAAACGUUUUCUACACGUUCAUCUUUCACUCCACCCCCGCAGAUCCAGUUGCCACCUAGCACAGCUUACUAUACUGAUACCAAAAUUUCUUCCAACACCUUAGAGAGGACUGAGGACCCCUCAUCAUCGGAUUACAACGUUUAUAUAGUUGCUGGUGUUGUCGUGGUGAUCCUGUUCUGCUUUCUGCUGGCGAUGGUUCUAUACAGAUGGAAAUUCUAUAAGGACAAGAAAUUAAUAUCACACAGCCCAAUGUCGGAGAUACACAUGGAUGUAUUGGAAGGUAGAGGAAUUGAAGUCAUGGAAAAUAUCUACACAUGAUUAAACCAAAAAAACAUUCCUGGAAAGAAAUCUCUUUUUUGUUUUUCUUAGAGCGUUCCAAAGUGCUUGUAUUUAUUUCCCUGUAUCGGAAAUGACUUUGUGCAUUGUCAUACCUACCAACUUACUGCAAAGUCCCAGGGCCAUGGCAAUAGGUUGGGGGGGAGGGGACUCCUUCACACUCUUUGGAUCUAUCUUAUUGGCAUAGUGUGGUCACAAGAAGAGACGCUCUAAAAGCAAGAAAUGAGGUCCUUAUUUGCUUUGGUAGUGCUGGAGUUAAUAGUAACUGACCCUAAAAUAUAAUUAAAAAUACCUC